GUCAUGGGGGAGCUGUUCAGGAGCGAGGAGAUGACCCUGGCCCAGCUCUUUCUCCAGUCAGAGGCAGCCUACUGCUGCGUCAGCGAGCUGGGAGAACUAGGCAUGGUCCAGUUUAGAGACCUGAAUCCGGACGUCAACGUUUUCCAGCGCAAGUUUGUGAAUGAAGUGAGGAGAUGUGAGGAGAUGGACAGGAAACUAAGGUUUGUGGAGAAGGAGAUUAAGAAAGCGAGCAUCCCAACUGUGGACACUGGAGAAAAUCCAGAGGUGCCUUUUCCCAGGGACAUGAUUGAUCUAGAGGCCACCUUUGAGAAGCUGGAGAACGAACUGAAGGAGAUCAACACCAACCAGGAAGCGCUGAAGAAGAACUUUCUAGAGCUGACAGAGCUCAAACACAUACUCCGUCGAACGCAGCAGUUCUUUGAUGAGAUGGAGGAUCCCAACCUGCUGGAGGAGUCAUCAGCCCUGAUGGAGGGCAGUGAAGGGGGCCGCGGGGCCCCGCUCAGACUGGGGUUCGUGGCUGGAGUGAUCAGCAGGGAGAGGAUUCCAACCUUUGAGAGGAUGCUGUGGAGGGUGUGUCGCGGUAACGUCUUCUUAAGGAAAGCAGAGAUCGAGGACCCUCUGGAGGACCCCACCACGGGAGACCAAGUCCACAAAUCAGUGUUCAUUAUCUUCUUUCAAGGUGACCAGCUGAAGAACAGGGUGAAGAAGAUCUGUGAGGGGUUCCGUGCCUCACUUUACCCAUGUCCAGAGACCCCACAGGAGAGGAAGGAGAUGCUCGCUGGAGUCAACAGCCGCAUCGAUGACCUCCAGAUGGUGUUGAACCAAACUGAGGACCACCGUCAGCGAGUGCUGCAGGCUGCCUCCAAGACCAUGCGGGUGUGGUUCAUCAAGGUGAGGAAGAUGAAGGCCAUCUACCACACGCUCAAUCUUUGCAACAUCGACGUCACCCAGAAGUGUCUGAUUGCUGAGGUGUGGUGCCCCGUCUCCGACUUGGAUUCCAUCCAGUUCGCUUUGCGCAGAGGGACGGAGAGGAGCGGCUCGACAGUGCCGUCCAUCCUCAACAGGAUGCAGACCAAGCAAACUCCACCGACCUUCAACAAGACCAACAAGUUCACAUCAGGCUUCCAGAACAUCGUUGACGCCUAUGGUAUUGGGAACUACCGGGAAAUCAACCCAGCUCCGUACACCAUCAUUACGUUCCCCUUCCUGUUUGCGGUGAUGUUUGGUGACAUGGGUCACGGCGUGCUGAUGACCUGCGCUGCCCUCUACCUAGUCAUCCGAGAGAGUCGCCUCCUCUCCCAGAAGAGUGACAACGAGAUGUUCAACAUGGUGUUUGCUGGUCGGUACAUCAUUCUGCUGAUGGGGAUCUUCUCCAUCUACACCGGCGUCAUUUACAACGACUGCUUCUCCAAGUCACUCAACAUGUUCGGCUCUGGAUGGAGCGUCAGGCCCAUGUUUGGCCAGAAAGGAGCCAACUGGUCGUUUGAGACGCUGGAUGGAAAUGCAGUUCUACAGUUAGACCCUGCAGUUCCUGGUGUAUUCAACGGGCCUUAUCCACUCGGAAUUGACCCGAUCUGGAACGUUGCCACCAACAAGCUGACCUUCCUAAACUCAUUCAAGAUGAAGAUGUCUGUGAUCCUGGGCGUCAUCCACAUGCUGUUUGGAGUGUCUCUCAGUCUGUUCAACCACCUGUACUUCAAGAAGCCACUGAACAUCUUCCUGGGCUUCAUCCCGGAGAUCGUCUUCAUGUCGAGCCUGUUUGGCUACCUCGUCCUGUUGGUCUUCUACAAGUGGACGGCCUACGACGCCUACACCUCCAAGGACGCUCCCAGCCUUCUCAUCCACUUCAUCAACAUGUGUCUGUUCAACUACAAUGACCCCACGAACAAGCCCCUCUACGCGGGACAGAUGGGGAUCCAGGUUUUGUUGGUGCUGAUUGCCCUUGCAUGUGUACCCUGUAUGCUGAUUGUGAAAACUAUGGUGCUUCGGCGUCAGCACCUGUGGAGAAAGCACCUGUCCCAGAAGAGGGAAGAAACCCCUGCAGAGAAUCUAAAGCAGUCUUUAGAGCAAACAGGCGUGUCCUCAUCAUGCACCGGACUCACCCAACAGGGCACGCAGAAGUUCGGAGGGGUGCGGGUGGGCAACGGGCCCACGGAGGACGAGGCUGGCAUCAUGGACCACGACCAGCUCUCCCAGCACUCAGAGGAAGGAGAUGAGCACUCAGAGGAAGAGCCGUUUGACUUUGGUGACGUAGCUGUCCACCAGGCCAUCCACACCAUAGAGUACUGUCUGGGAUGCAUCUCCAACACAGCUUCCUAUCUGCGCCUCUGGGCCCUCAGCCUGGCUCAUGCACAGCUGUCAGAGGUGCUGUGGUCCAUGGUGAUGCACCUGGGUCUGUCCUCCCGGAGUGGCGGCGGGUUCUUCGGCCUGUCCAUCAUCUUCUCUGCCUUUGCCACCCUCACUGUUGCCAUCCUGCUCAUCAUGGAGGGGCUGUCAGCCUUCCUGCAUGCCCUGCGUCUGCACUGGGUGGAGUUUCAGAACAAGUUCUACUCCGGCCAAGGCUUCAAGUUUGUCCCCUUCUCGUUUGAGAGCAUCCUGGAAGGACGAUUUGACGAGUGAUCGGGCCACAGCCAGCAGGGCUCGCAGCCUUCCCUCCGCUCUGUGUAUGUGUUUUUGUGUCUGUGCAUGAGACCAAACGCAGCCCUCUUCCACCCUCUAGUGGUCAUAUGUGAAUUCUUAUUGUGUAUAUGAGUUAUAACGUAGUCCUCGUAAAGGGUGUUUUCAAUGCACAUGUGUAAAGCUGUGGCUUGCUGCGGGACCAUCAAUGUGCUCAGCACUCAGUAUGUUCACCCCUGCUGUAGUAACAUCUCUCCAGCUUCCUUCUAAGAUAUCAAUUGUCAAAUAUAUUUGGGGUAUUUGUGUCCUUACAGAUGAAUCCCAUUUGUAGGCAGAAGUAGACAAGUCACCAUUCUGCCACAGCUGUUACCUACAAACAGUCAAUGGAUGGUUAAGUGUCGUUUUUGCCAUGAAAUGACAUAAUAUGGGGUUGAACUCCAUGAUUCAACAUUUGCCAAUGUUUGUAGCAUGACUGCAAAGCAAUAUGAUUCCUCUCAGUGUUUGAUCAGUACUCCCAGAAGUCACAUUUGCCACUUCCAUUUAAUUUCAAUGUGAAAGAAUCAAUGUAUGGAUGUAUCGAUGGAUGUGUUGGAUUGUUAUUAUCUGACCAUGACCCAGUGUUGUACUGAGAAGAAAACAAAGCUGUCCAUGAUGAGAUGAAGACAUGCUGUCCUUUGUGCUGUGAUGUGUAUCUUCCCUGUGCUCAUUCUCUGUGAAUUGUUGUUGUAAACCAGCUGAAGAAGUGAACUGAUGCAGUGAAUCUAAAAUAUCCCAGUUAACUGUGUGGCAUCACUUCCAGGUGCUUCAGAUGUUGGAAAUAUCAAUCAUGAAAACAAUCUGAUAUAACUUUGCUCAUCCAUUGUUUUUGCAAACUGUGCACUUGUUUUUCAACAUAUCUUAGCUUUAAUUUAGAAAUCAGCUAACCCUAACCCAUCUGGUCACCACACCUGUUAAGGGUUGAACAUGUGGAAGUGUGCUGUCCUGCACUGAAACAUCUGUUCAAGCCCAGGCACAGUUUAGAUUCACAGUGACAAUGAAGUGAGGCUGAUCAUUUCAGUCAUUGUGUCAGCUUCAGAAAAUGCUUCAGUUAACUUUCAUUUGCAGUGUGUAAGCUUCAGAAGAAAAGAGUCUGUAAACCACACAUGCAGCUGUCGUCUGUCACUGACUGGUGAUA